AUGUUACCUCGCUCUGAUGAUGUCCGUCCUAUGACGGACGAAAGCUCAGCACGUGUUCACCGGAAUCGAAGGAGAUUGCCUCGGAAACAGCGUCGUCAUGAAUCUUCCAGUAAAGCCAAUCGACAGCUGGUCAAGAGGAAUUCGCCAUCGUCUUCUGGUGGAACC